CACAUGACACUUAAUUCAAAAUGGCGCCGCCCGCACCUCCCACAGGCGAAGGGGAGUACACAGAGGGAACCACGGCACAGACUGCAAGUGUACCGGCCGCUGAGGGUGGGGUCCAAUCUUGGGAGCGACCAUGGACCGUGGGAGAGAUGAGAAAGGAGGCCAACAACUGGUCACUAGCUGGGGAUGCAGGGCUGCUUCAGUACCUCCAGGAAUUCUCCCAGAAGGUGAUCUCUCGAACACACGAGAUCGGGAAGGAAGUGGAUGGCCUUGUACAUGAGGCCAAGCUGACUGGCGUUCGAGUCAACAAUGUCUUCAAUGACUUCAUUAUGCUGGCCAAUACUCAGUUUGUGGAAAAUAGAGUGUAUGAUGAGGAUGUUAGUAAUGCUGACCACGAAGAGGAAAAGAAGCCAGAUCACGAGGAGAAGACCAGAGAGCAGCGUGAAGCAGAGCUGAUACCUAAAGUGACAGAGGCCCUUCGAUAUGGCACAAAUGUCAUAGAUGAGGCCUUUGAGAGACUGGAAACCAACAUUGGUGAUUCUGAAUCAGAGGACGAGGAAGGGGGGUACCGAGCAGAUCCCAUCCUGGAGGCCAAGGAUCCAUACGUGACCCGCUACCUGCCUUUGUUGAUCGGCAGCCCAGGGUUCCUGGAGGAUGAUAAUGUUGGUCUCGUGGAGGAUGUCUCAGGAGGAGAGGAGACAGAUCAUGGCAGCAUCAGCGAGAGUGAGGCUGAGGGCUCCGAGACAGAGUCCGAUUCCGAGCUUGAGGAGAAGAAGAUAAACAGGGCCCGUCGUGCCACCCGUGUGUCGGACGACUCUGAUGAAACAGAGAGUGAGGAUGAUGAUGAGGAGAGUGAUGAAGACAUGUUCAGCAGUAAGCCCAAGAAGCGUGCUGAUGAAGACAGCGACGAUGAUGAAGAGACGAGUGAGGAGGGAACCAGCUCAGAGGAGGAGAAGGGCGAUGAGGAAGACACAGAGAAACCUGCUGCUCCUGCUGGUGGUCGUGACUUUGCCUCUGAGUUAGCUGCCAGAAUAGGAGCUGCUGUCCCCAAACCCUCACCUGUUGUUGAUGACGAUGAUGAUGAUGCAGAUCAGGAGGUGGAAGAACAACCCAAACAGACAGCUAAGAAGAAGUCAGGGAAGAAAGAAAAGAAACACAAGACAAAAGCAAAGCAUGUCAAGGCUGAUGAUAAAAAUCUGUUCAGUGCUCCUGGUGGUGGUGAGGAGGAUGACGACACUCCGUUCGGGAAGUCGGGGGGAUUGUUCACCAGCAGCACGGGGUUGUUCGACGAAGACCAGGACGACUCGGGUGGCCUGUUUGAUGACGUAGAGUCCAAGAAGAAGGUAGUGCAGGAAUCUGAGGAGGAAGAAGAAGAGGAAGAACCAGUUAAAGAAAUCAGACCCAGGACAGCGAGUGGGAAAAAACUACCCAAAGGAGCUGUGUCCAUAUUUGGAGACGGUGAUUCAGGUCUGUUCGGCAGCUCCAUCAAGGAGGAGGACGAGGCCCCAGCACCCAGGAAACAAUCCAAGUCCAAACCUGCUGCUGCUAGUGUAGGAGGGGGGCUGUUUGAUGAGGAGGAAGAUGAGGGGAAGGAUCUGUUUGCUUCAGUUCCUGCCAAGAAGACACAGCCUAAGAAAGAAAAAGAUACAAAGACUUCAUCUGCACCAAAGUCUUCCAAGGCAUCUAGUGACCUGUUUGCUGACCAGGACGAUGAUGAGGAGGAUCUGUUCAUGGGUCAGUCGGCCGCUAGUACACGUAAGAUGUCUGGAUCCCAAACAGAGGAGGUCAAACCAAAGGCCAAGAAGGCAGAAAAGAAGUUGCCAGCAGGGGCAGUGUCAAUGUUUGGGGGCGCGCCUAACCCACUUGCUGCAGCCAUCAAGAAACAACGACCAGCUUCAGACAGCGAGGAAGAUGAAGAUAAAGAGGAUGAAGAAAAGUCUCGAAGUGGCAGUGUGAAAUCCAGCCAGUCAGCAUCCAGCUCCUCGCUGCGAGGGUCAGCUGAUGUGAAGAAGACAUCUCGAAGUGGCUCUGCAUCCAGCAACAGUUUGUUUGCGGAUGACAUUGAUGAGGAUCUCUUUUCUUCCAAACCAAAGACAGACAGCAGUAAAGCCAGCAAGCCAAAGACAGCUGCCACUGCAUCAGGUCUCUUCCUGGAUGAUGAUGAGAAACCAGACGCUCUGUUUGGUGCAGCAAGCAAGCCUUCAGCCAAACCUGCACAUGAUAAGAAGGGAGACAAAACCAAGCCAAGAAGUAGCAGUCUGUUUGAUGAUGAUUUAGAUGAAGAGGAAGAUAUGUUCUCGUUCAAGUCAAAGCCCAAAGACACUGGAGGCAAGAAGAAGCCUGUUGGUGGAGUUGCUCUGUUUGGGGGUGCCGACAUUCUGAAGAAGAAGACAGAAGCCCCAGCAGAGGAACCUCCCAAGGCUGCCCUAGAGGAGGAGAAGCCAGAGGUGAAACCCCCACCCCGCAAAUCCACACUGUCGUUGUUUGAUGAGGAUGGAGACGAUGCAGAUUUGUUUGGUGCGGCACCAAAACCUAAACCAGCACCCAGCACUGCCAAGAAGGAGCAGAGCAAGCCCAAGGCCGCUGGCAAGAGCCUGUUUGAGGACGAGGAUGUCCUGUUUGGUGGGGCCAGUGAGGAGGCACCAGGUGUGGACCUCUUCAGUAAACAGGGACCUUUGGGAGGCUCGACUAAAUCAGAACCAGCUAAAGCUGCCCCCACUGCUAAGCCAUCAGUAAAGGUUGGUGGAGCCACCACCAAGUCUAGCUCCACAGACCUCUUUGACGAUGAUGAUGGCUUGUUUGACACAAAGAAAGACAAGCCAAAGGAGAAGGUGGAAGUUGCUGGGGCAACCACAACCGAGUCAUCUGAUGCUGGACCAUUAGCUGAGGAGGAGGAGGCCAAGCCGGCAGCACCCCCAGCUGUGGUCAAGCCCAAGAAGCCAGCAGGGGCAGUGUCCAUGUUCGGAGGAAUGGACCCGUCGGCUCUGCUCAAGAAGAAGAAGAAACCUGUGGAAGAGGAGGAAGACAAACCAGCGGAAGAAGAAAAGAAAUCAGAGGAGAAGAAAAAAGCUGACCCUCUGUUUGGUGAUGACGAUGGUGGAAAAGGGGCAGCUGAUAUCUUCACUGUGGUUGCCCCCAAACCUAAACCACCAGCUGCAACACCUAAACCAGCAGCUGCAGCACCUAAACCAGCAGCUGCAGCACCUAAACCCCCAGCAUCUCAGGAUGAGGACAAGGCAGAUGAGGAUUCCAAGAUUGUUGUAAAACUGUUUCCAGGAAGCCCGAAGCCCACCCGUCCAAAGUUGGCUGGUUCAGUAUCUAUGUUUGGUGGGAUGGACCCAGGAGGUUUGCCUGGUCUGAAGAAGAUGCACAACAGGCAGAUGUCUGAUGAUACUGAAGUGCCCCUGCCCCCAGACCUUCCUGACUUGGACCAGCCUGCAGCCUCUAGUUCAGCUCCUGUCAAAAAACUUCCUGGAAAAAUUGGGAAACUUAAGGGAGGUCUUGGCAUCAACCCUGCUGCAUUACUUCCUGGGGCAGCGCCGCCUCGGGCAGCAGAGAGUCAGCCAGCUGUGGGCUUCAGUGAACCACCAGAGACCAAAGUCCUAUCUAGCACUUCCAAGGACCGAGUGAGGAUAAUCAGCCGGCGAAGGCCCCAGAGUCGGAAGGCUCGUCACUCCGCCGCCCUUUCAGGUGUGUUUGAUGACUUCUCCCCAACCAUGUCACCAACAUCCCCAACAGAACCCCACCCCAUUGCUCAAACCGAUGGCAAAGAUUCCAGCCCACCAAAAACUGAGCCGAGAUCAGAUUUGUUUGGAAAUGAUGACAUUCUUGGAGAAUCCUCUAAAUCAGCUCCUGUGUUAACUGAGGACAAGCCUGGUAAAGAUGAUUUGUUUAGUGAUGGACUAUUUACAAAGAGUGGCAAGGGAAAGCCAUCAGACUCUGUAGAUGGACUCUUUGAGUCAUCAGGGAAAAGUGAGAAGAAAACCCCUGUAGCUGAUGACGAUCUGUUUUCCUCUAAGUCUUCAUCAGCUAGUGGGCAGGGCAAGAAGGUGACACCAGCGGGUAGUGACGAGGACUUGUUCCCGUCAAAAUCUAAGCCGGUGAAGUCAGCAGAAAAAGAAUCCAAGACAGAUAGCAAGAAGGAAGAGAAGAAAGCCAAGGUUGUGGAUGAUGAUGACAUCUUUGCUGAUGCCAGUAUUAACAAGAAAAAAGAAUCAAAGAAACCUACUCCCGAACCCAGUGAUGACAUAUUUGCAGACAGCUCAGCGUCCAAGAAAACCACCGAGAAGCCUGCCACAGGGAAGGAAGACGACAUCUUUGCCACAUCAGCACCAGCAGAGAAGAAGAGGCCGAAAAAAGCUAGUGUAAAGGACGAGGCCCUAUUCAAGGAUGACACAGACAUCUUUGCUGACAUUCCUGCCUCCAAGCCCAAGGAGCCCAAGAAGAAGAAGAAGACAACGGAGAAGAAGAGCAUCUUCAAGGAUGAUAUAGAUGACAUCUUUGCAGACACCUCACCAGCAUCAACCAAGUCCAAGAAGGAUCCCAAGAAAAAGACAAAAGAUACAACGAAGCCCAGUGCUAAUGAUGAUGACAUGUUUGACGAUCCCCUUGGGGGAGGCAAGUGAUGUCAUUAACUUAGGAUACAGUGUUUAUAUUAUGUUAUCUUUUGUAUAGUAUGAUUACUGUGUACAGAUUAGGUUGAUUUUAUUGAGGUUUAACAUGAACUUCCAGGAGGAAGAUACUUAACCAAUAUUUUACAAAUACAUGUACAGAGAUGUUUGUCAUGUACAGAGAUGUUUGUUAUGAGAACAUCCCCCUUCCCUCUGAAAAGGGAUAAACUAGUUGAAAUGCUUAUGUGUAAUAUAUGUUGAUAGGAAACGUGACUUCUCUAUUCCUCAUCAGUGUUCUUUAGGGCCAUAUUGCAUUCUGAAAUGCCCUACAGUGAAGUAAUAUUGCACCAGACAAUUGUCAACAGAAAAUGACAUAAUGCCCAGAAGGUCCAGAUGACCUGAACCGAUUUCCUCAUCUGCACAUCUCAACAGAAAUUGAGUUUCAGACUUCUUACAAAGUGUGUACUAUUUAUGAGUUAUUUGACAAGAUUUUUGUUUUUGUUUCCUUCUUGAUUUAGAGAUUGAAUGAACUGCGAGAUUCCUUUUACAUUUGGUUACUGUUAUGUUUUUAUCAUGACACACAUGUGAGAUUGACAGUGUGGAUGAAGGUUGAAAUUCCAACAGGUAGAAAUUGGUGUCAUUUACAGAUGACUGUUUUUCUUGUUGCUGUUUUUACAAUCUAAUGUUAAGUUAUGGUUUGAGUAUCCGUUGGUUGAACAUUGUAUGGUGUGCAGAAUGGAUGAGUUGCCCAAACAACAGGACAGGACGUGUAUCCACUGAUAAAGUAGGUGUAUCUACUAAUACAGUAGGUGUAUCUACUAAUACAGGAAGUGCAUCUACCAAUAUAAAAGGUGUAUUCACUGAUCCUAGAAGUGUAUCCACUGAUACAGUAGGUGUAUUUAAUGAUCCUGGAAGUGUAUCCACUGAUACAGUAGGUGUAUUUAAUGAUCCUGGAAGUGUAUCCACUGAUACAGUCAGUGUAUUCACCGAUACAGGAAGUACAUCCACUGAAACAGUCAGUGUAUUCACCGAUACAGGAAGUACAUCCACCUAGGAUAUAUCUCUGAUCAGAGUACUGGGAUAGCUUUAAGAAGUGUAUUGGCAGGACAAAGUUGCUUUGUGAAAGAUUUUAAGGACAUAUAGAAGAAUAUUUUUUGUCUGGUAUUAUUCUUUACAUUUAGUACUGUAAUUUGAUAAACUUAUUAAGAAUAAUUGUCUUUGAAAUGUGGUGCUAUUGAUCAAUUUGUUCCUUGUGAAUACACAUGCUGGCAAUGAAGCUGGCAUGGACAAACUGUGCUAUUGUUUCGGGGGUGAAAUGGUAUAGAUUGGUGUUAUAAAUAUAAGUAAAUUGUGUAGAAGCAAAUAAAUAAUAUACAGUUCAGAAUUUGAGAUUUAUCAUCAAGACUGGUUGAAGUUGUAAUAUAUGCACAGAUAUUGUUGGUCUUGAAUGAUUAAAACAAAGGUGACUCUGCCCCAAGUAAAUAAUUAAGGCAGAACAAAAAAUACUGUAUAUCUGAUCUGUGAAAGACAUUGAGUGCAAUAAAUGCCUUUAUAUGAUA